AUGAGAAACAAGAAAAAAGCAUUAACCAAGGAAGAAAUAUAAUUUUACACUUAAAGAAGAUUGUAAUAUACAUAAGAUUUUUUAAAAAUGUCUUAAUAAUUUGAUCCUAAAUUAAAAUAUUUAACAAGACUUCUGAUUGCAAGAAAAUAGAUGAUGAAUAGUAAAAAUAAUUAAGCAAUGCCAUAAAGUAGGAAAUGCAAUAAAGUAUUUGCUUCAAUGACUAAAUCUUCUGAAAUACAAAAGAAAAUAGAUUAAGGAAUGCUUACAGAAUCUUGUAAAUAUAGUUUAGAACCUAUGCCAAAAUGCAAGUAAAAAUAUGAAUAUAAUAUAGUUUUACUUAUUCUGAUAUAUGUUCAAGAAUUUAAACUUCAAUGGUACCUAUAGUUGAAAAGCUAGAUAAAAAUAUAUAAUAAAAGUUAGAUACUCAACAUCUUCAUUUAGAUUCAGAUAAUAAAAUUAAGAAAAAGUAACUGUUUAGAUAAGAUACAUUUAUUAAUGAAGAUCAAAGACCAGAAGAAUAUAUAGAUUCUAUGUAAAUAAAAAGUUAGAGAUUACACAAUAUAAUUGCAAGUAUUUCAAUAUUACAGAGAACUAAAGCAUAUUAAGAGUAUAAUUAAAGAAAAUCUUUGCAUCAUAGACCAAUUCAUUUAUAAAUAUGUUCAAAUGAUAUAUCUGAAUAAUUGUCUUUGGAAGAUGCUUAAGAUGCUUAAGAAGGUUCUUAUAGUAAUUAAGAUUAUGAAAGGAUGAUUAAAUUUGAGAGAAUGAAAUUGAAAGAAUAAUUGGAAUAAGAUAGAAUAAAAAGUUAGAGAUUAGAUUAGUAUGUGUAAACUUCACUUCAAAAAUUAGGAUUAUAGAAAAAGAUGUUUUCAAUGAAAGAAUUAUAAGAAUUUAUAAAAUAAUGUUAAACUUAAACUUCAAAUGUAGUAAAUGAAUAUAAAACUGAGAGAUAAGAAUUUAAAAAUAGAAAAUCAUAAUUUUUAAGUUCUUUAUUAUCUACUAAAAAUAAUACUUAUUCAAAUACUUAAUCAAGAUAUAAAAAUCUAUAUUAAGAUAGUAAAAAAUCUGAUGAAAAUAGAUUUUGUAAAACAGAAUAUAAUUCAAAUAAACAUUCAUUUUAAAAUAAUAAUAAAAGUGAUUUAAUGAGAUUAGGAUAAUUAUCAUUGUUUAAUAUGAAUAAAGUUAAAAAACGAUUUAACAAUUUACCUUAAAAAUUUAAAAAUGCUACAAAUCGUAAUUUAUAUUGA